CCGGGCGCUCGUUCAGGCUCUGCCCGGCCGAGGGGGCUCGCCGGACCCGCCUGGGACGUCGCCCCAGCAUGGCCCUGCCGUCUGCGCGGGCUCAUGCUAUCUGGAUUGGGUUUGGUGUCCUACGGGAUCUAGAGCUUUUGUAAUGGUGCCUAGCAUUCUCGAAGUCUUGAAGGGCAGUUGCUGGGCUCAGAAACUCUGCUGAUUCACACCCAUUGCAUCAGGAGGCUCACAGCUCUCAUGCCAUAGGCUUGCUGACCAGCUUUGAAGUUGGGGGCAAGGACUGAUAGUUAAAAUGCCCUCCAGCAGGACUGGGAGCUGCAAAAAUAUCCAUGCUGCUUAUGGUUGAGACAGUCUGCUGCCAGUGGAACAUAUAUAUGGGAUUUUCAGAUGUGCCCUGAUGCUAUAAGCCCUCAUUGCUUCCAGGAAUGCAACUCUCCUCUAGCGUGGCUGAACUCAGUCGUGAACAGACAAUGGAUCCUCCUGCUGAGGACUUCCAACAGGUUCUCUCCAUUGACCAGAUCCGCUCCAUUCGUGCCAGCAAUGACUAUGUAGAGAGACCUGCUGUCUCCUUCAUGCAAGCUCGGUCCAAUCCAUCCCUGCCACAGAAUUCCCACAAGACAGAGUGGUCUCAGGACCAUCUGGUGUCUUCCACUUUCCAGGACCUACACCGCAGCCAGAGUCAACACCACCAGAUACCACCCUUACAGCCACACUUGAGUCACUCCAGCACUGCUAGCUCCAUGUCCCGUAGCACCACUGCCUCGGACCAGAGGCUCCUGAGUGGGAUCACGCCCUCACAGUCCGGGCACUCCAUCAUCCGGACGCCGCCCAGAGUGGCUGACCUGAAGCCUGAGGAACCGUUGAAGGGGGUGGCAGAGAAGCCCAGCCUUCACUCCAGACAUCUCUUUAUCUGUGAGGAAUGUGGGCGCUGUAAGUGCGUCCAUUGCACGACUGCCCGCACCUUGCCUUCCUGCUGGCUCUGCAACCAGCGCUGCCUCUGCUCGCCUGAGAGCCUCAUUGACUAUGGGACUUGUCUCUGCUGCGUCAAGGGUCUCUUCUACCACUGCUCCACUGACGAUGAGGACACCUGUGCCGACGAUCCCUGUUCUUGUGGUCCAGGGUCCUGCUGUGCCCGCUGGGCUGCCAUGAGCUUCCUUUCUCUUCUCAUGCCCUGCCUCUGCUGCUACUUUCCUACCUUGGGGUGCCUCAAACUUUGCCAGCGGGGCUAUGACAGCCUGAGACGACCUGGCUGCCGCUGCCAGAACCACACCAAUACCGUCUGUAGGAAGAUUUCCUCUUCCAGUGGGAAUCCCUUUCCCAAGACUCUGGAUAAGCCAGUAUGACCUCCUUCAGUGAGGGAAAUUGGCUCUUCUUCUCCUUCAGCUCCCUCUGCUGGGCACCCCUUUGGGAAACGAACAAACAGAUGAACAGUUAAUCAGUCAGUCAGUCAGUCAGUUGGUGAGUCCUGCCAGGGAGCACGAAGCAUGUUCUGAGACAAAAAGAAUCUUGCUCCUGCAGCCAAGCCAAACGGUCUGGGUUUUGCACAUUUCAGCAAAGGACAAAGACAGAUGGAGCCAAAUGCUGAUGCAUGCACUAGGCACUAAUUGUCAACAGGGGGGUUGAGUGUGGGAUCUGUCACUGGAUGGCUCAGGACUCUGUGACCUCAGAAUACCUUAGGAGUUCCUCUAUGGUGGGUUUAAAAUGGUGAUGUGUCCUAGCACUAUAAUCCUCCAGGGACCAGACCACUUAACUCAGUUCUCUUUCAUUCAUUCCUUCUAUGGCACUUUCCUGACUGGCACCUCCCAAAGGCUCUUACUUGGUUCCAGUCUGCUGUACUAGGUGCCAGUUUCUCAAAGGGAGAUAGGCCAUUGUAGUAAACCAACCAAGGGCAACACCUUACACACGCGCGUGCACACACACACACACAUGCACGCACGCAAAAUAAGAGAUGAAGCUUCUAAUCAUUUUAAGGUAAAAAAGGAAUAUAAGCAAACCCAAAUGUCAAUUUUUAUGGGUUCACUUGUUAGUGGAAAUAGGGAAUUGCUGAAUUAAGAAUCACACUGCCAUGGAAAGAACAUGAUAGUCUGGGUAGAGAAGAGACCCAUUUCCACUUCCGUAAAUCUGUAGCUAGAGGAAAUUCAUGCUAGUGUAUGGUACUCCAGGGUAGAAUUGGCUAAGAGCAAAAUGUUAAAUCUCAACUGAAGGUUAACACAACAAAAAAUGCCUUGAGGGAAUGGUAAAGUCUGGCAUGCAAAGCCUUACCCUUCUAAGCUGCCAGUGCCAAACCAGCCCAGGUUGGUGCUGACAGGAAGGUGGCAUUACCUGAUGGUCUCCUAUUGGUGAGCUGGUAAUUUCAUUCCAUCUCCAUAUCGAUGUAAUUGAAACCCAUCACACCAGUUGGUGUUCCUGUUGACAGGAUCAGUAGAGAGGCCAAGAACUAAGUAGACCAUGGAGCUUGACCUACCUUUUCACCUCUACAGGUUGUCCCUUUAGGUUUUGGGUGAGGUACACUAGUUGGGAGAUGAAUAGGAAGCCCAUCCUGCUGCCCUGUCCUAUUGAGAAAGAGAAGCCUUCAGUCUCCAAGGCUUCCAAUCUAGUACCUUUCACCAGCACUGAAUUCACUUUAAAGAGAGAAAAACAGAAUGAAAUCUUAAGAACAAUUGCCAACUGAAACCACCUUUACUAUGGUUUAAGAACAGUUACACAUGCUUGUCUCUGUCUACAAAUGGAGAUAAGCUGAGGUCCUGACUUUGGGCUGGAGGGGGGAAGGAAAGCUGUUUAUCAGAAGACAGAAGUAGAUGGGUAAGAGAAGUGGGUAAUACCUGACUCACCCUCCCCAGUUCAAGUGCCUCAUUUAUUUUCUGCUGUGAUAGAGAGCGCUACACAAAAGCAAGAUUCAGCUGAGCAACUUUGCACCCUGUAGGCAAGCCUGAUGUUGAUACAAGGGGUUCUGAGACAGGAAAUGUUGGCUGCAAACUAGAGAUGGGUCUGAACCAACUUCCCAGAUCUGGACAUCUUCACACAAGGAGGAAUUUUAGGUCCAGAUUGUGUUUCCUGGUUGGUUGUCUACAAUGAGCCAACCUUCUCUAUCUGAACAUUCCUGCUCCUUGAGGAAGCUCAGAUCCAGCUAGAAAUUUCUGGCUCAGGUCCACCUCUGCUGUAAAUGUCAGGUGCCAAACUCAGUUACAACCCCUUGACUCCAGAAACUUGGCCAUGGAGUGAAAGCCAGAUUAACCAAGUGCUCUAUUCUACCAUCACAUUCACCCUCCAAGGCACACACACACACACGUGUGUGUGUGUGUCUGUGUGUGUGUACAGGGCAGUGGGCAUAACAACAUUCCUGUUCCAUUGGAGCAAAUGGUUCAGGAAGACUAUAGGACAUGGGAGAACUAGAGAAACAUAUGCAAGAAAACCCCAGCUGCCCCAAAGCUUCCUCCAAGGCACUCCAAUGUUUACGGCACAAAUGUCGCACUCGCAUAUCCACUGACUCCUUCUCUUUGUUUAGAAUUUCUUUGAUAUAUUUUUGUAUAUAUAAAUAUAAUGUUAUGAUGGCUAGGACUAUUAUUAAUAAUAUUCAUGAUACUGCUGUGAAUGGUGCCAUAUGCAAGGUUUGGCUUCCUGGUACAUUUACAAACUCCAAAGGAAUAUCUCAACUCUUGUUAUGCUUCUCUUAGACCUUAGUUUAUAGGCAAUGUGAGGUAUUUUAAGGGCCUGCUAACAAGGCUUUGCAUUGCUUUUCAUCAGGCAGGUUUGUGAAUUCAAUUCAGCUGCUAGCUGUGGGGCGGGGCAAGGACAGAAAAGGGUGAAGGCAGGAGUUUCUAUAACCAGUUUAUCCCAUGGUGAGUUCUGCCAAUGGAUUAGAAUCCUGUUACACUGUAACGUUUCACUUCAGAACCAUGCUGUGGGAAUCUGCUUUUCCCAUCUGAAGAUGGAAGCCCCUUUAUAUAAGCAGAGGAAAUCCAUAUGAUACGCAUGCAUCCCAAAACUCACUUAUAGUGGUGUUCUAUUUCAGAUUAAAUGAGGAGAGUCAUGAAUGCACCCACUGAAGUUUCUGAUGACCACAUCAUUCUGUUCAGAGGAAAAGUGUUCUGUGAGAAACAUAAUGACUUCUCCAGGAGAAUUCCACUAUGUGGGAUGGGGGGUGGGGUAUAUACAUCAUUCCAUUUCUUUGUUACAUAAAUUACACAAUGUAUUGCAAACAUCUGACUAUGUCUAUGAUGAUAAUCAGGCAGAAUCCUAUUUUCAAGAUCCAUAGUCAUAUAAAAAGUCACAUUACAAAGUACACCAAAAAAUCUAUAUUGGUGGGACUCCUGUAAAAAGGUACACCUUACUUUUUGAUCAUUCCACUUACUUUCUACUGGGGCUAGUUUUUGGUCAUAAUGGUUUUUGGCAGAAUAUGUUCCUUCCAACACAUUGCUUUUUAAAUAUGAAGUGCUAGUUUUUUGAGACUUUUAGGGAUUUGUUUUAGUGAGAACCCAAUAUUUUUCCAAGAAAAAAUGUUGAUGGAAACAGAAAAAAUAAAUAAUUCACAUUUUUGAUGGUGACCAAACAACCAAAAUGUCUUCAAUAUGCUCUUCUCCACAAGGUUUUGGUGUGGAUGCCAAUUUCUUCAGUUUCUUCCUUCAUGACCCACCUUUUCCUUUCACUUGAUCAUGAAAUAACUCAAUAAACAUGUGAGACUUCCUGAUCAUUUCAAUGGAAAGGCCUCAUGAUGUCAUGAAAACAUGGUGACCUCAGCAGAGUGCUGGAAAAGUUGCAUAUUGAGCAAAAGUACUCAUCUUCCAGUCCCUAUGCAAACAAACCAUAUCUUGACUGGGAGCCUACUGGGAGUUUUGCUUGGUAAAUGCAGUGCAAGAUUGGACCCAAGAUUAUUAUUUUAAAAGAGGUAUCUCCAGUAAUUGGCAGAAGGUUAAUGGCCGGUUUUAUUGAAUUCUAUUUGCAAGUUCUUUCUAAUUUCCAUUGUAAAAUUUUCAUCUCCAAAAGCAUAUUGUGCUAUAGAUUACUGACCAAUUUUCGCCAGUAACAUUUUAGAUAUAUUUUAUAAUUUUUCAUUUUUUUGAUAUUGUGCAAUACAUUCUGUAAAAUAUGGGACACAUGAAUGGAAAUCAGAGAUAGAACUGAGUCACAAAACUCCGAUUCAGAAAUGUUCUGCCCAAGGAUUUUGGUUCAAUCUGUUGUGUCAGUUACAAAAUUCAGAUUAAAGUCUAGGAUCUGAAUUAUACAGACCCAGAUUUUUUUGGUUCCCAAGGCUUAUCUGGGACUUGUCCAGAGAAUCUAUCCAUUAAAUCUGUUUAUUAGAGAAGGACAGAAGACACCAGGCUAGGAUUUACCAAAAACUGUCCAAGGUGAACAACAUCAGCCAAGUGGGUUAGUUAAUAUCAGGCAGGAGAUGAAAGCCCUGAACCUGGAGGUCUUUUUAUGACUUCCCUAUGCAAUUGCAGACUAGGUUGAUGUUUUUUAUCUGUCAGAACAUGCAAUUUACUGUAAAAUAUGAAACUAGUACCCACUGGGUCUGUUUGGACAUGGGAAUGAGAAGAUCUGCUCCAGAGGUUUGGAGCUGGUCACCCUGGACUUUGUGUCCAACUGUACAUUCCAGCCACCCCCUGACUGGGAGUAAGAGCUUUGAAUGAGGCUCUCCAGACCUCUCUCUGCACUUGUGAUUUUGUUAUGCCAUGACAGUGUUAUUUCAUUCCCAAGGGCUGAUUGUCAAAGAGGCCCAUAGGCGAUGUGUGUGUGUGUGUGGGGGGGGGAGGUAAAGGGGGACAUGUGCCCCCCCCCCUCCCCGAGAUUGGCUGCCGCUGGCUUCUGCGGGCAGUCACUUCCCCUACUUGCUGUCAAUACAGCUGUCAGUGGUUGCAGGUGGUCCCUGUUUACCACUCGCCACCACCACCAGCAUGGAUGGUGGCUGCAGGCAGCCCCCGCUUGCCACCCACUGCUCACCACCUCUCCUCCCUCGCUGACGACACCACUGCAGCCACCAGCGGGCAGUUUCUGCUUGCCGCUGCCACGCCCCCCCUGCUGACACUGCCGCUGCCGCCUGCAGAUGGUCACCGUGCCCCCCCAGCCUGAGGAGGCAUGCGUUAUUCAUGAAGUGGCCCUUUUGUGGAAUGCUAUAUUCACCACAUAUGGUAUUCUGAUUUUGAUCUCAUUAAGAAGAGUAUGUUUUCCAGCUGAAAUUAGAGCGGAAGAAAGGCAUUACAGCAAACUUAGGUAAGCUUAGAAGGACCAUUACGGCGAGCCUUGCAUACAGUGGCAAAACUCUUAUGGUGCUUGAAAGGGGGACAAUCAGCAUAGGGGUUCCCUUCCUCCCUGAUCCCAGUGUUGGAGAAGAGGGAGGAAGGGAAAUGGCCAAGAAUUCUUUCCUCCCUGAGGGAAGGCAAACCUGACCAGUGAGUGCAGAACUUGCUUGGGAAGCAAGCCCCAAGAAGGGUAGGUGAUCAAGCAGCUUUUUGCUUUACUUUUGAGAAGCACUAGAUGUCUCCUAGUCUUUGUCUGAGUUUCAGACACACCUCAGAAGGCUACCCCUUACAGCACUUAUCCCUCUGUAGAGGUGCUAUCCACCAUAGGGGCCAUCUGCAGCACUCUUGAACUCAGUGGGCCACUGCUGAGGGAUAUGGAGUACUCCUACUCUCCACAGUUCUACUAGACCCUUCUGGUUGAGAGGGAUAGGACUAUAUUCAUGGUCUCAUGCUACAGCUAGUGCACCAUGGUAGCCAAUCAAGAAAUUCCUGUCCUUAUUUCAGAACUGUGACUUCUAACAGAGAACCUCAUGGGACCUUACAAGUGCUCACUACUAGUAUUGGUUUCAGAUCCCUACCAGCCACUUCCAUAACUUCUUUGAUCUGAAAUAUUCUUAUCUGUGGUUUUGACCCAGAUAAUUUGGGGGCCCUUUGCCCAAAAGGUAAUCAAAAGCUCACAAGAGCAACUCAAGUCUUACUGCUUGGGUGCAAAAAAGGAAAAAGAAACAAAAAAAGAAAACAAGGAUAAAUGACCCUUCCCCGCCCCAUCCUUGAGACUGCAGGAACUGCAUGGCCUGAGGUUGAGCAAUCAACCCAUUGACAAUGCUCUCUCUCAGUACAUAAUUUGCUGAUCAUGCCACUAGCUGCUUCUUGCAGAUGUUGCAUGUACAAUCUUACUAAGCCUGGACAAAAGCCAGGGCAUUGCAAGAA